GAUGAAAGCAUGGGAAACAUAAUGGGAAGCACCGGAAUCAUGCAGAUACGACGGCAACAAGCUACGAUACGGUAGCAUCGAGCAUAAUCAAUGAAACAAAUCACUGCGCCAGUUGCGGUGGAAGUGUUGUCAGCGGCUCAACGGAAUCCGAGUCGUUGUCCGAUUCGAAGCAGGCACAGAUGCCGAGAGAAACUGGCCGAACCGGAUGGGGAAUGGGCGUAGCCGCGGCACCGGAUCGGGUAAUGGUGGGUUACGAGUCAAACGGAAUUGUCAGCGCACAACCGAUACUGCCGCCAAGUAUGCUACCCGCAGUGCCCCAAUCUCGCUCCCUGCAAUGGAUCAUCCCAUGGACUGCUCGCCAUCGCCUUCCACGUCGACCUCUUCUUGCUCGUCGUCGAGCUCCCCAAUACACCCUGCCAGCCUCGUCGACCCCUCGACUCAUUCCCCGGCUCUCUUGGAGCUCGUCGACCUCAAAAUAUCUCGGCCCGUCAUAGAUUACCUUGUUGAUUGUGUUGCUGAAACAGUUGACUUUGCUAUGGGUCGCCCAUCACCAUCAUUCACUCGUGGCCGGCCUGUGUCACGCCGCCCAGAACUAGCCAAGUUCACUUCGUUUGCCACCACGGUGCUGAGUCGCGCCGAAGUCACCAUGCCGGUUGUUUUGGCAUCACUUGUCUAUAUUGACAGAGCCAAGCCUCAUCUUCAUAUAGCUCUCGAGGAGUGGGCCCUCGAGAGAGUAUUCUUGGGUGCAUUGAUAAUCGCGUCCAAGUAUCUUAAUGAUUCGACGCUGAAGAACGUCCACUGGGCCAUCUGCACGGGGGUAUUUGGGAAGCGCGACAUUGGUCGGAUAGAACGAGAGUUCCUCGAUGUCCUUGACUUCGAGCUGAGCGUUACCGAAGCGGAUCUGCUGAGCCACCAUGCAGGUCUUUCUGCGGCUGUCUCCCCAUCACCAUCACCUUCCUCGCGCCACUCCAUCGAACAAGUCUCUCCCCGCUCCCCUCACAAACGUCACCAUCAGCGAUCCUCAGUUCCUGCACUGGAACCUUCCAGUCCAGAAUCCUCAGAAGGUUCUUCUUCUCCUCAGACACCUUCAACUCUUCACGAGUCUUCCCCGGAGUCAUACCAUCCGAAGAAACCCCAAGCUCCCCACAAAUACUCUGCAUUCUCCGAUAUUUUGCGGUCCUUCCCCUUGCCCAUACCACACCGUCAUCAUUCACACCAAUCACACUCUCGCUAUCCUGUGCGGGUGAAUGCAUAGCCCCCUU